CCGCUGGUCGGCGCCCGAUAUGUCAAGCGUGUCAGGCGCUAAAGGCGGGCCUGCCGACCACUGGGUGCGAGACGACACCGCGCCUUACUGCACACAGUGUCAGGUGCGUUUCACAGCGCUGGAGCGGCGGCACCACUGCCGCGAGUGCGGGCGCGUGUUCUGCGGCCGCUGCAGCCGCUACGAGGCGCCCGUGCGCCGCCUGCGCGCGCUGCGCCCCGUGCGCGUCUGCCAGCGCUGCCACGACCACAUACACGGCAAGAAGGAAUAAACUAACCCUUACGAGUAACUGGAGCGACGUCUGGUGAGAUGAACAUGUUUUAAGAAACCAUCCGAUCUUUAAAUUGUGUUAAAUAACGAUCUCAACAAGAUUAACAUGACUACGAGUCUGGGGUAUAUCUAACUACACCGUUUUCGUUCCGCUGCGACCCGUGCGCGUCUGCCAGCGCUGCCACGACCACAUACACGGCAAGAAGGACUAGUCCAACCAUUACAAUACUUUAUGUUGGAGGGAUGUCUGGUGAGAUGAACAUGUUUUAAGAAACCAUCCGAUCUUUAAAUUGUGUUAAAUAACGAUCUCCACAACUCCACUGUAAAUUUGUGUUAACGAUGUCAACAAGAUAACAUUAUGUGUACUGCAAGUCUGGGACAUUGCGCAGAAAACUGCGCGUGCGCGUCUUCUAGCGCUGCCACAACAACAUACACGGCAAGCGGUGUAGAUUCCCACCCCAACCGACGCGAUACUAAAGACAUGUAGCCGAGUGAGAUGUACACGAAUAUACUGCGGAACUGGGACCUUUUUAACUGCGCAAUGAGGGCUAUCGUUUUUAUACUUAACAGUUGGCACCCUUGGCGAUUGACAGGACAUUACUCUACAGUGGCGCCAUCUUGAUAAGUGCAAAUGCGAUAGUCCUCCUACCACUUUAGCGCUCACCAGUUGGUGCCACUGUCUUCGCUACUAGCAAGUGACAGGACCUUACUCUACAGUGGCGCAAACUGGUGAGCGCUAAAACGAUAGCCCUCAUUUGGCCCAUGCCCGUUUGCUAGCACUACCACGACAAUAUACAUGGCAAUUAGCAACAGAGAAUAGAUCACCACACCUAAAUCGACACGAAACUAACGUAACAACUCGAACGAUAAUGAUGCUAGUCUCUGCGUCGCAACCUGCGACGCCGCCUACUUAUCACCCUGCUGCGAUACUAAAGCCAGUGGGAUAAUGUCGAGACAAAUGGUAUCUUUCCUGUGUAGUAAUCAUGUAAUCUAUCGAUCAAAUUGCUUUAUUGUUGAUCACGGGUACAAAACGUAAUUAUUAUAUUAAGAGCAGAGGUGGAAUUGUGUAAAGCAAUCGUAAUCAUUUGACAGUUCAUAACGUACGAUAAAGUCAGUUAAACAAAGCGUUUGACAGAAUAAUCGUACGUUAUGAACUGUCAAAUGAUUACGAUUGCUUUACACAAUUCCACCUCAGAUCUGUAUUCCUCGUGUAAAGGUAAACUUAAAAAACAUAACCCUCCUUCUGGCGCAGUCGGGUAAUAAAGUGUUUAUAUUGAAGAGACGGUUAUUGGUUUAUACAUAUUAUGUAUUUUAAGUUAAUAAUAUGUAUGUAUUAACCUAUUCAGUCAAUUUUAUCGUACCUACUGUUUUCCUUUAAAAAGUAGGGACUUGAAAAGAACGAGCCACUGUUGCUUGAAUUGAUGAGUAUAUUAACAUUAAAAUUUAUGGAUGUAACAACUUUGAUUUAAAGAACGAUCGAGGGGAAGACUGUAUUUGUUUCAGUUUGCACUGUACUUUAUUAUUUUUUAUGAUGCACAACAAUUCUCUCUUAUUCCUUAGUUUCCUCAUUUUAAAAUUUUAAUUUAUUAUAUUUACAUAUACUUUUUAUUUUUCUUACUAUUUAAAUUCUUUGUCAACGGUACACUGGAACCAUCCAUUUAACUGUUGUGGAAAUAUUUCAAAGCGUCUUAAUGUUAAUAUUUGUGAGCUCCUAGUCCAUUUACUGAUUGAAUACGUAUGAGACCCGUUUAUGUCGAACAAAUAUUAAUAAAAUAAGGUUUAAUAGCCGUGCACAAAAAGUGAAAUAUUAUUUUACAUCGUAAUAUUUAUACAAUUCAUCAUAAUAAAGAAUCCAUCAUUAGACGUGCCAAUAAAUUACUAUUUUAAGACAUUAGAAAUAGAUCUGUUUUUAUUGAAGUAUGGGAAAGUAGAGCAUAUUUAUUUAUUAUUUUUAAUUUCUAAAAUCAUAUCUCCAAAUCAAUAUUUAUCUUUACACGAUACCUUCGCUAAUACUAACACAAUUUUAAGAUUACCGAGUUCCAAUCAAGAGUGCGUUGAAUUAAAUGUUAUUAUGAUAUUGAUAAUUAUAAUAAUAUCGAAUAGACUGUGUCAGUUAACAUUUAAAACGAUUUAUUUCGUGGCGCAAAUAAUUGACAUCUUGCACGCAUUGGGGGUGGUUAAUUUGACGCUGGCCCCGCUUUCGCUACUCUCAUGUUAGCGUGUAGUGAAAAGACAUUUAGACAAAUACAAAUUGCAGAAUUCAUAUUUUUUCUGUUUAUGGUUUUUAAAUACAUUUAAAUUAUAAGAACAUGUUACGUGUUAUGUGUGUUAAUGAAUUACAUAAAAUAUUAAAUUGUAUUUCCUAAAUGAAAACGGCAUAAACUCAAAAUAUACAGGAUGCAAGGAAUAGUUUGGCAAUAUCUUUUACAGUGAAUUUGAGUCGUGCUUCUAAGAUGAAACACUUAGUAACUAUUUUUGUACACUUUUUACGUUAUGAUAUGUGUCUUAAUUUACUUUCCGAAAAAAUGUAGUAAUUUUAUGAUCCCAAAUUCAAGUCAGCGAUUUAAGUUUACUGAAGUUUUAGACACUUACAUCCUGUUUAUAUCCGUUGUGAGUCUAAUGAAUUAAAAGAACAGUAUGUUAUGUUCCAUGUGUAUAUUAAUAAUGUAAUGAUAUAAUCAAUUAAAACAAGACGUUAAUGAAAAAUAUAAACAAAAUAAAUUUAAAUGAUUCUUGCCAAUAAAUUGAAAAUUCUACAAAUUUUGUCUAAAGAAAUCAGUAUUAAUAAAUCUAAGGAAUCUAAAGAUUUUUAUUGCAAAUUAAUAAUCAGAUUGGUUAUUUAUGAUCUCGAUCUAUUCAGUUUGAAUGGAACUUAGAAAAACUAAUGUAUUGAUAUUAAUUAAAUUGUGAUGUGAUUAUUGAGGACUAAACAAAUGUAUUAAUAUUAUAAUUAUUUGAAAUGUUUUUUUCGUAUAUUAAUUUAAAUGUGAUAUAUUUUUAUUAUUUUAGAAGCUUUGUGAAAUGAUGAUAUUUAUAAAAGUUUAUUAUGUCAUUAUCAUUCCAGUUUUUUUGGAAUUAUAACUAUCCAUUAUGAAUUGUAUGAACUAGUCAUAUUUAUGUAUUAUAUUUAUGUUGUGUUUAGUUAGUUAGAUACUAAUGUUACUUUCUGCUUUAGUAUUUGUUUUACUUUUUAACUAUCUGCAUUUUAGGUAACAUUCCCAGUUACUAUACUCGUUGUUACAAAUCUAUAUUUUAAGGACACAUUAUAAACGUAUAAUAGGUACACGUUUUACAGAUAUAAUAUGUGCUUUGUUGCAACGUUUUAUUAAUAUUAUACAAAUAUAAUAAUAUAAUACAUUUCAUAAAACAUAAUAUAGUAAUCAUAAACCCUAUCCACUUACAGGGUACAUAAAUAAAUAUUGGAAUUGCUAUUGUAUCUACCGUGCUUCACACUACAGUGUGCUUAUGAAACUCGCAAAAAAAAUGAAUAUCAGUUUUAAAGUGUAGUAAUAUAAAAUAAUUUUGCCAACGUCUGAAUGUUAUGUACCAAAAAUAUUAAAACUUCCACUUUUUAAAGAAGUUUAUCACAACUAAUACUUUUUAUUAAUUUUGAUGAAACUUUGGAAAAAAUAAACUAAUCAACAACAGCGUUUGCAAAAUACGAUGAUGUAUAAAUCAUCCAACGUAGUUUUCUAUGUUUGUAAAUUGGUAGAGAUGUUAGAAGGAUUGGAAUGUAAGACGAUAAGAAUAAUAAUUAAAUAUCUUACAAAAUUAGAGUUGGAGAAAUAAUUUUAGAUGGAAUCUGGUCUCUGUAGUACAUAACAAAGCUAUUUGAUAUAAUUAGGCUUAAAUAUAUGUAAGUGGAUGUUUCUUAGUCACCUGAUCUGUAUGUAUAGAAGAAUAAUUUACAGACAAUAUAUACGUUGUUUAGGUAGUAUGUAGGCACUGAAGUUUAUGCCGUUGACUAAUAUAUUCAUGUAUAAAU